AUGUCAGGAAUGUCAGGAAUGUCAGGAAUGUCAGGAAUGUCAGGAAUGUCAGGAAUAGCAAGACGCAUGUUGCCACACCAGUGUGCCCUUCGGAUUCACAUCGACAUGUCUAUUAAGAACACUAGUUCAUUCUUACAUAACGAAACGCACAUUGAGAGAGAAGUGUGUGAUCUGGCGUUUCACACUCACACUCACACUCACACUCACACUCGCACUCACACUCACACUCACACUCGAACUCGAACUCGCACUCACACUCGCACUCUAAUCACACUCUCACUCACACUCACACUGACACUAAACAUGUUCCAAGAAAAUUUAGGGAAAAUUCAGUUCCGAUAUCUCCAGGACGAUCCGCGAGCCGAUCCACGACUCGUCCUCAUACCGAUUUAG